AGGAAGGCGGGGACCCGGGGCAAGGCUGCGGCCACCAAGCAGGCCCAGCGAGGCUCUUCCAACGUCUUUUCCAUGUUUGAGCAAGCCCAGAUCCAGGAGUUCAAGGAAGCCUUCAGCUGCAUCGACCAGAAUCGUGACGGCAUCAUCUGCAAGUCGGACCUUCGAGAGACCUACUCGCAGCUAGGGAAGGUGAAUGUCCCAGAAGAGGAGCUGGAUGCCAUGCUGCAGGAAGGGAAGGGGCCCAUCAACUUCACAGUCUUCCUCACACUCUUUGGAGAGAAGCUCAACGGGACAGACCCCGAGGAAGCCAUCCUGAGCGCCUUCCGCCUGUUUGACCCCAGUGGCAAGGGCGUGGUAAACAGGGACGAGUUCAAGCAGCUUCUCCUGACCCAGGCGGACAAGUUCUCUCUGGCCGAGGUGAAGAUUCCGGCUCCUUCGACACCCCUCCAGGCCCCUUCGCAGGGCCCCCAGCCCGCAGGGCCCUGGGGAGGUCUCGGUGACCCACUGCCCUCGUGGGCGUAGGGCCCAGCUUUCCGGGGAGGUGCCACCUCUCUUGGGAUCUGGAGGGUGAAGGACAUGGAAUCAGAAAAGGAGGAGGGUGCAGGCUGGGUGAGCUGUGUGUGCAGAGGCCCAGGCGGGAGAGUGCGGUGCACCUCAGGAUCUGGAAGAGGUUUCCUACACUGGGGAGGGGGAGGGGAGGGGAGGGGGCCGGGCCCGUGGCCAGGGUGGGCCCUGAGACCCACGGCACCCUUCGCUCCUGCCCCAGCCUCCGGCUGAAAACGCUAAGGGGCAGCGUACAGCCCCAGGGGCGGGGCGAAGGGUCUCAGGCCUCCCUCGGGUCACGGGCACCAGCCCCCAGGACGCCCUGGCUGGGCGGCGUCUCACCAGUGCCUCCCCAGGUGGAGCAGAUGUUCGCCCUGACGCCUAUGGACCUGGCCGGGAACAUCGACUACAAGUCCCUGUGCUACAUCAUCACCCAUGGGGACGAGAAGGAAGAGUGAGCCCGAGGCGCUAGCGGCUGGGACUCAGGGCCGGCCUGUGGGGACACCUCAAUAAACGCUGUUUCCGAAUUAGACCCACAGUGGUGGCCUGUCUGUGACAGAUGGGGUGGGGCUCCACAGGGACUGCUGUAAGAACCAGCCCGGCCCUCACCGGCCCCCUCCGUUCACCCCACACAGUCCCGUGACAUAUGAACCGGGAUGUGCCCGGCUUACAGAUGAGGACGCCGAGGCCUGCGAGGGUGCCCAGGGCCACUCCUCUAGGAGAGGAAACCCAGAGCUUUACGCCCGUCUCCACCAGGCCCGGAUCGAGCCACGCGACGGGCCUCUGCUCAGCGAACAUCUGCCAAUAGCCCGGGGACUCUGCCUUCCUGGGACCCCAUCUCUGCACACGGGCUCAGGUGGGCAUCUCUGCACGCGCGUGUGGUGUGCUGGGCCCCGUGUGAAAGGCACCGAGGGACCCAUUUGAAAACACAACAGGUGAGGUGCCUUGUCACCAAAGGAGGGGCUGGAGUACACGCAGACUUCCAAAGGAAAUCCUCCGGAAUUGGCCUCAUGCCUCGGGGGUGAAAGGAUCAGGCUGCCAGAGAGAGGGAAUGGGUGUCUCUGGAGGGCAUUGCUCGUGUCCCCACCUCACCUACAGAAACCAGGAGCUGGGGGGCACCCAGCCUCAUCCUGGGAAUGGGAGGGGGAGCAGGGCAACCUCCAGAGCACCCACGGCAGGGAGGGGGAGGAAGAGGCAGUGGGGAGAGAGACAGCUUGAACCUGGGCAAGACCCAGAACACAGGAAGUCCUUCUCUGGACAGGAACCAGCAAUGCUGAGUAAGAGCUUUCUGCCUCCCCCCCGCCCCCACCCACUCCCUCCAGGCCCUGCUGCAAUCCCCCAGCUGGGGAGGCGGGAGGAGGUGAGGGAGAAAGGAGGAACUGACCACAUUCCCUCCAGAAGGCAAGCAAGAGGAAAGGCAUUUCACCCGACGGGUGUUCAGUUUGGAUGUUUACCUGGGACUUGGCAAUUUUAAUUACUACAUUGCGAAUUGAGAUUUAAAGUUAUCAUGGCCUUUCUAUUACUUAUUCGUGAUCACAAACGUCAUGGCACUGCCUGAGUCUUCAUCCAGAGAGCAGGCAGCCUCCCCGACUCUGCCCCCUACCCCCGCCACAGCAUGCUUGCCGGGAAGAUGGGUGAACAGGAUCAAGCAGGUGUUGGGAAUUCCCUGGCGGUCCAGUGUUUAGGACUUGGUGCUUUCACUGCUGGGGCCCGGGUUCAGUCCUGGUCAGGGGACUGAGAUCCUGCAAGCCUCACAGCACGCGCGUGCGCGUGCACACACACUCACAUACACACACACACACACACACACACACAGAGCAAAAACAAAAGUCAAGCAUCAAGCAGGUGUUAUGAUUCUAGCUCAUGAGUUCUGCUUGUUCAACAAACUGAUUUCAAGAAGUAAGGGAUGGGGCUUCCCUGGGGGGACAGUGGUUAGGAAUCCACCUGCCAAUGCAGGGGACACGGGUUCGAGCCCUGGUCCAGGAAGAUCCCACAUACCACGGAGCAACUAAGCCCGUGCGCCACAACUACUGAGCCUGAGCGCCACAGCUACUGAAGCCCGCACAGCUAGAGCUCAUGUUCCACAAGAGAGGCCACCACAAUGAGAAGCCUGCACGCUACAAGGGAGAGUAGCCCUUGCUCGCCGCAACUAGAGAAAGCCUGGCGCAGCAACAAAGACCCAAUGCAGUCAAAAAUAAAUAAAUAAAAUAAAAUAAACCAUGAUAACUGUAGAAAAAUGACUGAUAAAAAGCUCCAAAUAUUAAAAAAAUAAAGUUCAAAAAUUAAUAAAUUAAAAAAAAAGAAGUAAGCGAUGAUUUUAUAAUUCAAGCCUCUUCAAGGAAAAAUUGUGAAAGACUCUGAAACAGACCAAAAACAUCAUGGGUGUGUGAACAAAGAACAAAAAGCGUCGUUCACCACCCAGUUCUACAAGUCACAGCCCACUGCGGUCGCCCACCAUCCGGAUGGAAGACAGGAGGAAGCAUUCUGUGCUUUGGAUAACCGGCCCCUAGAUAGUUAGAUGCACAUCUCAGGAAGGAUUCCAAUAACCCCAGAUUCCUGCAUCUUCCCAUAUAUUGAAAAGUACUAGAAUCAUUAACUUGAUUUGUGACUAGGAGUCACACAUCCUUUGUCCUUUGUGACUAGGAGUAAUCUUUUACCAAGAUGUAUGCUUGACUACAUGUAUCUCCUAGCCAAAAAAGUCAUAUAUAAACUGGCUUCUCGCCUUCCUCUUCAGAGCAGUUCCAAGGAGCUCGCGGAGCAGCUGUCUCUCAGGCUACUGUCCUCAGUAAGACCCGCAGGAGGGCCUCGAGCCAGGGCUGACCCGCUGUGCUGCUGAGUCCCUUGGGCUUUGAGUGGUGCAAGCAGAGAUGGCUGCAAAGGCAAAUACAAAUUAAAAAUGAGAAAAAGUUAAUACACGCUGAUGCAAAGAAAGUAAACACUCUC